AUGCGUGUACAGUUGCGUAUCUUCGCUGCCCUUUCUCUAGCCACGUGUGUUUUGGCGGGAAACCUACCGUCAUUCAUCCAGCCGUGCUCAAUCUCGGACCCAAAUCUGAACCAAUGCGUGGAGAAAGCGAUAGAGGCGGCCGGCCCGAAGUUCGCCGACGGGAUCCCAGAGCUGGGCAUCAGGCCGCUGGACCCCGUGGAGCUGGGCACCGUGCUGGUAGACAACCCCGCGCUGAAACUCACCUUCACCGACACCGUGGUGACGGGACUGCGCGACUUCAGGGUCAACUCGUACAAGAUUAACACGGAGAAGGGCAAGGCCUCGCUGGACUUCACGGCUAACGUGACCUUGAAGGCGAACUACGACAUGGACGGCCAGGUGCUCAUCCUGCCCAUCAGGGGCAACGGACAGGCGAAGAUUAAAAUAACUAACCUGAACAUCGUGAUCAAAUACGACUACGAGACGAAGGAGGGUCACUGGGUGGUGACCGGAUAUAAGGACAGCUACAAGAUGGAGCGCGCACACUUCAAGUUCACCAACCUGUUCGGCGGGAACAAGGAGCUGGCUGACACCACGCAUAGGUUCGUAAACGAGAAUUGGGGAAUAAUAAUGCAAGAAAUCGCUCCGCCCGCACUAGAGGAAAUCAUUAAGAAGUGCAUUGAGGAAGUGAAGAAGUUAUUCGCAGGCGUGCCUGUUGCUGAGCUUCUUCUCCAA